AUGGUCGAUCAGGUCCCGGCAUCUACACCUGUCCUGCUCGGGCGACUGGGGCGACAUUCGGCGCAGGUCGAUAUUGAGGUGGGAAAUGUAGAUGAUGUGGCGCUGUCGUUGGAGCAGAAAGGAUGGAGUGAAAAGGUGUGCCCGGCAAAGCUCGAGCACGAGAAGAAAUUGGCUGGACCCAAGACAUCCUUGAAGUUCCCGGAGUUCGUCGAGUGGGUCGUUUUAACCACAGGCAUGAUCCUGGCCCUGGCACAAGGUAUCUCAGCUCCCGCGAUUGCACUUUUCACCGGGCGAAGCAUUGCCACCAUGACUGUGUACAAUGCCGACGCACCUUUGCUAGACACCAUGAAUCCAAGUCUCAUCCAAAUUGGUGUCUUGGCGAUCAUGCAAUUCUUCUUCGCCUUCGGUUGGCAAACUUGCCUUUCCUGGGCUGCUGCCAAGCAAGCACGCCGCUGGCACCGGAGCUUUUUGGCAGCGCUGCUGUCGCAGGACAUCAGCUGGUAUGAUGAUCACGAGCCAGCAGGCACCGCAACCAAGCUGGAAGGCGAUGUUGCAAACGUCUACGUGUUCAUGUCUACCGCGCUUGGGUACCUGAUCGCAAGUUUGGGCCAAAGCGUGGCUGGCUUGUCUUUGGCCCUGUACUUUGGCUGGCAGCUUUCCCUUGUCGUGUGUGCCACCAUUCCUAUUCUGAUUUGCGCGGGCAACUGCAUGGGCAAAGAGAUUGAGCAGAAAACGGCGGUGCAGAUUGCAGACUUUGCUCGAGCGUCUUCUGUGGCAGAAGAGUCGCUUUUGGCAAUCCGCACGGUAGCAGCCUUCGGUGGCGAGUCUGUGCAGUCGGCACGGUUUGAAAAGGAAUUGCUGUCAGCAAAAAUGGGUGGGAUUCGCUCCGGAAUGAGGAUAGGCACUGCCUGGGGUGGCCUCAACUUUUUCUAUUCCUGUCUUUAUGCACUGGCACUCUGGUUUGGCGGACAUGUGCUCAUGUCCGACAUAAGUUCCGGCAUAGGGCCGGGUGACAUCGUCACAGUCAUGAUUUCGAUGAUGGUGGGAGGUUCCGGCUUCAGUGCUUUCAGCGGGUAUGCUCCAGUGAUGGCGCGAGCACUUGUGUCUUUCAAGAGCAUGAGGGAGAUGAUCAAGUCGGAACGUAGAAUUGAGCAGCCACUCUACACACCCGCGUCACUUACCGUGUUGCCACAAGAGCUGCAAAGGAUCGAAACUGUCGAGUUCCGGAAUGUGGGAUUCAAGUAUCCGAACAGGCCCAACCAAUGGGUCCUCAGCGAUUUCAGCUUCCGAAUGGAGAGGGGCCAGAAGAUCGCGCUCGCCGGUGAGAGCGGUUGCGGCAAGAGUACCACCAUCCAACUUCUCGAGCGAUUCUAUGAUCCGUGCGAGGGAGAGGUGCUGGUCAACGGAGUCAACCUGAACCAAGUGCCGAUCAAGGCCUGGCGCAAACUCCUUGGCUAUGUCGGCCAGGAGCCGGUCCUCUUUGCCACCACUGCCAUGCAUAACCUCAAAGCAGGUGACGAUUCCAUCACCGACGAUAUGGCCGUCAAGGCAGCCAAAGCUGCCCAGAUUCACGACACCCUAUGCCGGCUUCCACAGGGCUUUGACACAUUCGUCGGUGCUGGAGGGGGGCUGCUGUCAGGAGGUCAGCGUCAGCGUUUGGCUAUCGCGCGUGCCCUGGCCAAGAAUCCCCAAAUCUUGGUUCUGGAUGAAGCAACCUCGGCGCUGGACAGCGAGUCCGAACGCAUGGUGCAAGCUACCUUGGACACACUAAACACAGGGACCAUGGGCCAGUGCACCACCAUCGCAAUUGCGCACAGGCUUUCCACUAUCAAAUCAUCUGACAUGAUUUACGUCAUGCAAGGUGGCAGCUGUUGCGAACAGGGCAACCACGAGCAGCUCAUGGAGCAGAAAGGCGUGUACUACAGUAUGGCCAAGUUGCAGCAAGCCAGAACGGAGGAGGAAAAUGAACACCCUAGUCCCAAUCGCGUGAUAUCUCCAGCGAGCUUCCUCGAACCGGCAAUAGCACCAAACGAGGAUGGAGCUGGCACGACCUCGCGGAUUUGGUGCCGCUUGCUUCACAGGAUCAAGAAUUACUGGUGGAUCUGGCCGAUCGCCGUCGUGAUCGUCGUAGCCGAAGCAGCUGGCAUGCCACUUCAAGCCAUGUUCUUCAAUUCGGCCAUCAUGUCCCUCUUCGGCAGUGGUGGCAAGCAGGAGGUCAUGCACUCUGAGCUCGACCGAGCAGUCUUCCGCCUGGUGCUGGUCGGCCUGGCCUCUGGGGUUUUCACGUUGCUGCAGAACUCGCUCUUUACAUACGUGCAGGAAUGCCUGUGCAUGAUCCUGCGCCAGGAAGCUUUUGCCACCACCCUCCGCAUGGACAUGGCCUUCUUCGAUGCGCCAGAGAAUCAAACAGCAAGUAUUCUGGUGUCCCUGGAGAGGCACAUGAAUCGAGUGGGGCAAAUGUUGGGCAUCCAGCUCGGGAAUUCAAUGGGUGCCAUCUUCACGUGCUUCCUUGCAAUCGUCCUCAGCUUCUGCGGCUGCUGGGUCCUCGCUUCGGCGGCCUUGCUCUUUUUGCCAUUUUGCGGGGUCCUCAUGUUCCUGGUGGCAGUCUCUGCCCUGAGGAACGAGCCAGAAGCUGAGGAGGUGUACGGAAAAGUGGGGCAAACGACGUCCGAAGCAGCCACCUGUAUCCGAACGGUGAGAGCUCUCGGGGCAGAGGAGCGCAUCCUUGAACUCAUCGAUACUUCCCUGGAGAAGCUCACCGACCUCAACACCGCAAAAUCAUGGAAACUGGGUCUUUCCCUGGGCCUGAAUUUGAGCAUCUUUCCGUUGAUUUUUUUGGCGGGCUUCUGGAUGAGUGCGGUUUGCAUUCAGUACUGGGGAUUCGAUGCUGGACAAGUGCUGCUGACCCUUUUCUGCGUGGUGUUCGGGGUGAUGUCUGUCAGCUCCAUCGUCCAGUACAUCCCUGACUCCGCUUCGGGGUACCACUCUGCAAUGGAGGUGUUCCGGCUCAUAGACCAGGUUUCCAAGAUCGAUGCCGUGCAACCGACACAGGCUUUGGAGAGCCUUGGGGAUGGGUCGAUUCAAUUCCAGGACGUCCACUUUUGGUAUCCCCAUCGCCCGGAGGUCCGCGUGUUGAAGAAGCUCAACUUCACGAUCCAUGCGGGUCAAGCGGUGGCCUUUGUUGGCUUCUCGGGCAGUGGCAAGUCCACGGUGAUCCAGCUCCUGCAGCGCUUCUAUGACCCUCAGUGCGGCUCGAUCCGCGUCGGUGGCACAGAGUUGAGAGAUCUAAACGUAGCAUGGUGGAGGAGGCAACUGGGUGUUGUCGGCCAGGAGCCUGUUCUCUUUGACGUGUCCCUCGAAGAGAAUGUGAGGUAUGGAUGUCCCGAGGCGACAGUCGCUCAGGUUCGAGAAGCAGCCAGGGCUGCCAACAUGGAUUUUGUCUUCUCAGACGGUAGCUAUGCUCUCUCAGGUGUAAAUUCCGGCGCAGUGAAGUGGACAGAUCGAGUUGGCCUUCGUGGAGAGAAGCUUUCCGGUGGACAGAAGCAGAGAUGUGCCAUCGCUCGGGCUUUGCUGCGCGAGCCACAGAUCAUGCUCCUGGAUGAAGCCAUGUCCGCACUUGACUCGGUGUCGGAGAGCAUUGUGCAGCAGGCUAUGCAGAAAGCGAGGGUGGGUAAGACCACUAUCACAGUUGCGCAUCGGCUUUCCACAAUCCUAAACUCAGACACGAUUUAUGUGCUCUCAAAUGGCCGACUGGUCGAAUCAGGGACCUAUGACGAGCUCAUAAGUCUGCGUGGAAACUUUUCCAUGCUUGCUCGAAGCUUGUGA